AUGGACACGGCCGGCACGGACGCAGCAGAGGCAGCAGCCGCAAGCGUAAAUGGACGCCGAUUUGCCCAGUCCACUUCACCGAAGGUUAGCGUGAGGUCGCAGGACUCGCUGUUUCUGAUUACUUACUCGAAUAUCCAGCAGCCGCUGGUGCACGCAUCGCUAGCCGAUCGGUAUCCUUCGUUGACGAAGCUCAACAUUCUGUUUUACAUUGAUAUCCCUACCAUCGACUACUACAACGAUGAGAUGACUCACAAUAAGCUUUCUAGGCUGAAUAAGCGGUUCAAGCUGCAUCGCUUGAAAAACUCAAUCGCACAGAGCUUCUCCAACACGUCUUCCGCGGAAGACAACGAUAGAUUCUGGGAGGAGUUGAAGGAGUUGAUCAACUCCCGCAACACGCCCCAGAAAAAAUUCGACCUCAACGUCCUGGUCUCGUCUUCAGGGUCGUUACGUUACGUGGAGACGAUAAGAUUUCUCGUCGAGAAGCUGUUCAACUCCUUCAAGAGCCUGUAUGUUCAGGAAAAACUGAAUCUCGCGUUCCAGAUUAACGUUUCUCCCACUUCUUUCAAGUGGUUCUCCACGUUCUUGAACGCAGAGCUGCUGAACUUGAAAAUCAUCAACUGGCAGAAUAUUGGCUCUUUCACCAAGACCAUCCAGAAUUCCAGGUCGCUGCCGUUCAAGGAGUACUACACCAAGCUGAACGAAAAGUUCACCAGCUCCAACCACAGCGCUGUCAGCAUGCAGGACCAGACUGUCCUGGAUUCCAUAGUCAUUGUUACAAACAGCACUGGGGUGAAGGCCCUGUUGACUUUGCUGUCGGACCACCCCUUGACCAGCCUCAUCUCCCAGGAGUCAAUAAAGGCGCUGCACGAAUAUUCCGAUGCUGCCAACGAUGACAAGAACGACGACCAGGCCAACACAAGUCUGAAAAGAAACUCCUCGUCCCUGUUGAACUUCCAAAACUCCGUCUUGACCUCCAAUAAGGAUAAGUCCGUCAGAAUCAGGUCGUUGUCCAUCAAUAGAAAAUCCAAUAGAGCCCACAUGUUCAAGACGAACGAAUCCAUCACGACCAUUCCAUCAACAACAAUCAACAAUCUCAUCGGCCAAGAACCCGGCCUGCGCAAGCAACCUUCCGCCACUGCAUUGCAUUUACAAUCACAUCUGCAUCCACAUUCUCGUUCGCAGUCCUACUCCAGCUCUAACAUGUCCAGAUCUCCUUCUCCCUUCCCCUACGGCAAAACACCAUCAAACGACAAACUAGUGUAUGACGAAUUGAAUAAUCAAAUCAACGAAGUACAGGACCGUGUCAAAAAUGAAGAAAUCGCGCAGUACAAUAAUAACAAUUAUGACGAUUUUGCAGAAGACGAGGAACAAGACAGAACAUCCUAUGCAGAUGAUUAUGGCUAUGACUACGAAGAUGGCGAAGAGGAAGACGGCGACGAGGACGAAGAAGAGGACGAAGAUGAUGACGAUGACGAGGACGACGAAGAGGACGACGAAGAUGAUGAUGAUGAUGAUGAUGAUGAAGGCCUAAGCUUUUAUGCUCCAAGUAUUCUGUCACGAUCUGGUUCAAGCACAGACAUGUUAUCCACGGGAAUGGAUUCCAUGGCAAAUAAAUCGAAGGAAACGAGGGGUAGAUUCAGGUCUUUGAGUCUAAUGGAUCCCGCUUUGCAAAAACCAUUCAACCAAAAAUUCGCAAACAACAAACUGCUCGGCCCCGCCGCGGCAAAAGCUCCUCAAAGGUCAAGUUCUUCAAACCAUUUUACAAACGUUUACGUGCAUGACGGCGACUUUGAUGGCACGGACCCUAUCGACAACAAGAGGAACGUAUCAUCCGCGACUCUCAUCAAGAGAAAAUCUUUAAUGAACAGAAUCUUGACUCCGUCCAUUAGCAACGGGUUGAUACCACCGGAAUUCAUAUCCCGAAUAUCCACCCCUUCGACAAGCGCAAGCAGUUCGAACUCCUCAUUGAAUGACAUGUCCGUCGCGUCAAAUGCAUUUUCCAAGCUAUUAAAUGAUACAAGCAAGAAGCAGAAUUUCUUGAAUUCACCAAUUCCACAACACACACAGCAAGCAUCUCCACUACUGCUGAGAAACAAUUCAAACAAUAACCUGUUGUUCGAAAAAAAUUUGAUCAACAAAUCAUUCGAAGAAUUAAGGAGACAGCCAUCAGUUAACUUCUUCAGUACUUUGAUGAAUGGUAACCUGGAAAAAAAUGGACUAGCACUAAACUUCAAAUCCAAAACACCUACAGAUGCUUUGAUGGGCUGCAGUAUAAAAAAUAAUACCAAUGGCAGCCAUAGCCUACUAAAUCUGGAAGAAGAAGACCAAAUCAUGUCUGGGUGCUUCACCAAAGAAUGCGAAGAUGAUAACGAUUCGACCAACAGUACGAUCAUACCGAAUCACCCGGACAUUGACAACUAUAAUGAUAAUGAUAACGACAACAAUACAGGUAUAAAUUCCAAUAACUUCAACCUAAAUCUUUAUGAUGACAAUGAUGAUCCAGACUCCACCGAUGUAACGCUUGAAGCGGAAACACACUCACACUCCAAUUCUGUUGUCACUAAACCCGUUUAUAAAAAGGCAGUAACUUUAGAUCUAUACGGUGAAGAUGACAUGGAUAAUAUGGGAGGAUGGGUACUGGGUGGUAAUGCACGAUAA